CAGAGGUGGUUUGCAUAACAAUUAUUUGUCCUCCGAAUUAUAUCGAAAUAGUGGGAGGAAGCUAGCUUGCAGAGGAUUGGGAGCAGUGGACUUGCAAGCAUAAAGAGGAAAUAUCCAGGUAUCUCAUAUUCCUACUACCACUGCAAAUAUAUAUCAGGUGCCCCAAGGCCUUGGAAGAGGUUGAAGAAUGCCUUUGCGUGGCAAGAAGAGAGGCAGAGGGGCAUUACCAGCUACAAAGGAACCCGAUUCUAAAGUAGCCAAAGCUGAGACCCCAAAGAAGAGAUAUGCUUCCAGCUCAGCAAAAGGCAUGACCAAAGUCCUGGCAUCAGAAAAGGAUAAGCCAGAAGGAAGCAAGAAAACUUAUAGCCACUGGCUUAUGAAAUCCGAGCCUGAGAGCAGGUUUGAAAAAGGAGUGGAUGUGAAAUUUGGCAUUGAAGACUUAAAAGCUCAGCCCAACCAGACAGCAUGCUGGGAUGGAGUCAGGAAUUAUCAGGCACGGAAUUUCCUGAAGGAUAUGAAAGUUGGCCAGGAAGCCUUUUUCUACCACAGUAACUGUAAAGAGCCUGGGAUCGCUGGCAUCGUCAAAAUAGUGCAGGAGGCCUAUCCAGAUCACACCCAGUUUGAUAAAAAAGACCCUCACUAUGAUGCGUCCAGCACCAAAGAGAAGCCCAAAUGGUUUAUGGUUGAUGUCCAGUUUGUGCGCAUGACCAAGAGGUUUAUCCCUUUGGCUGAACUGAAAGUCCAGCACCAGGCACAUAAAACCUCUGGAGGACCCUUAAAAGCAAUGUCUCUUUUCACAAGACAGAGGCUCUCUGUCCAACCCCUGACAGACGAGGAAUUUGAGUUUGUUCUGAGCCUUGAAGAGCAAAAGCCUUAAGAAAUGACUGCAAUACGCCGAUCUGGCUGAAACGUUAACAGUUUGCUUCUGGACAAUUGCUUUACAAAAUGCUAAGGGAAAGGAAGCUGAAAGUCUUUAGAACCGUAUUGUGUUAACUACUGGUUGCCUUUGUUUGAAGUUAAAUUGCAUUGUUUUCCAAAUAAAAACAUAUUUUAUCUA